AUGGGCUGGGUGGCGGCGGGCCUGCUGCUCGGGGCUGGCGUCUGCACCUGCUAUUGCAUUUAUAGGCUGACUUCGGGGCAGCGGCAAGGUGGCCAGGGGCUCUGGCUGUGUCCCUCCUGGUCUGCAAAAUUCUUAACCAAUGGUUCAUAUGAUGAUGUCCUAAAUGCUGAACAACUUCAGAAACUCCUUUAUCUGCUUGAAUUAACUGAGGAUCCUACUAUCAUUGAAAGAGCUUUGGUCACUCUGGGUAACAAUGCAGCCUUUUCAGCUAACCAGGCUAUUAUUCGUGAAUUGGGUGGUAUUCCACUUGUUGGAAGCAAAAUCAAUGAUCCCAACCACAGUAUUAAAGAGAAGGCUUUAAAUGCACUGAAUAACCUGAGUGUGAAUGUUGAAAAUCAAAUCAAGAUAAAGGUUCAAGUUUUAAAACUGCUGUUGAAUUUGUCUGAAGAUCCAGCCAUGACCGAAGGACUAUUUGGUGCCCAAGUGGAUUCAUCAUUCCUUUCCCUUUAUGAUGGCCACAUGGCAAAGGAGCUUCUUCUUUGAGCACUUACACUAAUUCAGAAUAUAAAUAACUGCCUCAAAAUGGAAGGUCAUUUAGCUAUUCAGUCUACUUUCACUCAAGGUUCAUUGUUUUUCUUGUUAUAUGGAGAAGAAUGUGCCCAGAAAAUGAGAGCAUUAGUUAAUCAUCAUGAUGCAGACGUGAAGAAAAAGGUAACAAUAAUAUCCAAAUUCUAA